GCAAUAAAUGAUGUUGGGUUGGUAGUACUGUCAUAGCACUUGCGCGCUUAACGUGUAUGUUCGGCGAUGGCGUGUUUUGCUGUGUGAAAUCUAUUUAAUUGUUAAAAAAUGUGUUUAUAAAGUGGUUUAGUUAGUUCAAAUGGUGUUCAUAUUUAGUGCUAAGGGCUGCGUUAGUUGAUAUCGACCCAUGUGUGCGCUGGAAUUGAAACUGCAUUCUCCGGCGGGGGCAGAACCAGUAUUAUACACUUGGCCGUUAACCUCAGGACGAGGAAACGACAAACAUGAUGGUGCCCUUGAGAUCGUCGAAACCAUCAGAUGGGUCUGUGAAGAUCUGCCGGAGCUUAAACUGCCGUUGGAAAACAACAUUCUCUGUGAUUAUGAUACGAAAGAUUACGAGAGUAUGAAAAAUCUCUGCGAUCGGUUCAAUCGGGCCAUUGACAGCGUUGUUGCUUUGGAGAAAGGAACGUCGCUGAUAGCCCAAAGGCUGAACAAGUACCCGUCCAGAGGGCUCCUCCGCCACAUCCUCCAGCAAACGUACAACGCUGCCGUCACCGACCCCGAAAAACUGAACCAAUAUGAACCGUUCUCCCCUGAAGUGUACGGCGAAACAUCCUACGAUCUAGUCUGCCAAAUGAUCGAUCAAAUCGACGUGACAUCCGACGACGUGUUCAUCGACUUGGGCUCAGGAGUGGGUCAAGUGGUUCUCCAAAUGGCUGCGGCGACGCCGUGCAAAGUGUGCUUCGGCAUAGAACGGGCCGAAGUUCCAAGCAGAUACGCCGAAGCCAUGAACAAGUAUUUCCGGACGUGGAUGUCCUGGUACGGGAAGCGAUACGGAGAGUACAAAUUAAUAAGGAGCGAUUUUUUGACGGAGGAACACCGCGAGAAAAUCAACCAAGCAACGAUCGUUUUUGUUAACAAUUUCGCGUUCGGACCGGCUGUUGAUCACCAGCUGAAAGAGCGGUUCGCCGAUUUGAAGGACGGAGCUAGGAUCGUUUCGUCGAAGAGUUUUUGUCCGCUGAAUUUUCGGAUCACCGAUCGGAAUUUAAGCGACAUCGGGACGAUAAUGCACGUUUCGGAGAUGACGCCAAUGAAGGGAUCGGUGUCCUGGACUGGGAAACCAGUCUCUUAUUACUUGCACAGGAUUGAUCGGACGAAGCUGGAACGGUAUUUCCAAAGGAUGAAGAAGCCACAGCUCAAAAACGGUGACGAUAAUGACAAUUCACGUAGUGCGCGUGAAAAGGCUAAGAGAGAUCUUUCUAAACAGUUGGGGUCGUCAUCUGAUUCCGACUAUGACGACCAAGACAGUAAUUAUGGACCUACGACACGCAAAGCUUGGUCCGAUUAUUGUUCCACUAAGGGUAAAAGUAGUCAGUCGGAAGAGGAGGGUAACAACAAGAAUGGAAAGCGACAGCCGAAGAAAUUACGGAGAAAAAUACAACGUGGGAAAAAUCAAGCCAAUGGUGAAAAGGCACAAAAGACGGGACCGAAAUCUCGCAGAGGAAGAGUGAAGAAAGGUGGGAAACCAAAGAAGACGAUCAAAAUCAACGGCUUGGAUCUGCUACACAACGAAACACUUCUGAGUACAUCCCCGCAAGCGAUAGGUAAAAAGCUUCCACCAGCACCUGGUUGUGUCGAUCAGCAAUUAACAGCAUUAAGUACUGAACUCGUUCACAAUGAAUUAGACAUACCUCAAGCCCCAGCAAGUACACCGUACGGUCUCCAGAUUCUUUUAGACAUGUUUAGAGCUCAAUAUAUGCAAAUGUUGAAUCAAAUGAAACAACCGACUUACAAAACCAGCGUCGAGAAUCAUAUCAAACAAGAGAAAGAAAGAAAUAAGAAACUGCAAAACCGUGCCGCCCAACUAGAAAAGCAAAUAAAGGUGUUAAUCGAUGACAGUGUCGCACUCCUGAAGGCCCGUAUGAGCGAACUGGGAAUAAACGCAACAUCACCGGUCGAUCUCCUAGCAAAAGCCAAGGAAAUCGUGUGCCGCCAUAAAGAACUCCAAGCGAAAGCAAGCAAAUUGCAAGGCCAAGUCGCCAGUUUGGAGCAAGAACAGAACAAUCUGGUCAUCCAACGACAACAAGAAAUCGUCGAAAAGUACAACGGACGCGACACUUGCCACGACUUAUCGCCGAUCGCGACCCAAGAAUACAUUUUACGCGAAAUAUCCUCAACCCUCGCCCACCGCAAAAAACUCCACAAUCAAGUGUCGCGUCUCGAAGGCGAGCUCCUCUCCCUAGAGAAAGCCAACGAGGAGCGCAAACAAGCACAAGCUCUAGCCACGCGCCAGCAACAAACACCCAGCACGAAAUCGUCGCGAAAAUCCCGCGAAUACCGCGCCAGGUCCCAAGACUGGCCCGACGUGCCUGACAUCGCCAAAAUCGAAGAACAAAACCCCGAAAUCCUCGCCCAGAAAAUCCUCGAAACGGGGCGCAAAAUCGAAGCCAGUAAAAUGUCAGCGAACUGCCGGAAAAUCAACCUCGUCCGCAACAACAUGCCGGCCCCCUUACCGGUGCCAAAGCGUCAAAAAACGAGCUAUUCGCUACCACCAACCCAGAGCAGCGCAACUCGGGCCCAAGAACCGCCAAGACUGGCCGACUUCGAGGACCGGCUCAAAAGCAUCAUCACGUCGGCACUGAACGAAGACCAGCAAAACCGCAACCGGGCGCAGUCUGCCUACCAGCAGCAGCAAAACUACGUCAAUUUCCAGAACGACAAACACAAGUUUGCUAAAUACAAUCGGUGCGAAACCGUGGUCAAACAGAACGAGGAGCGCAGUUUCGCCCAACAGGAAGGUCUCGCCGGCAUGAUGGAGUCGUACCGGACGGAAGUGCCGAAAGUCUCGCCGCAUGUGGCAAGACAAGUGGCGCCGGAACAGCCCGACUAUACCCAAGUGUCUCCGGCCAAGCUAGCGCUGAGACGCCACCUGUCCCAGGAGAAGUUGGCCGCACAACACCACAGUUUUAGCUCGUCGGACGGCAUCGUCGCCACGCGAACCAUCGGCGAUUUAAUGUCCGGCGAGAUUGAACGGACGUUGGAGAUCUCAAACCAGUCGAUCAUCAACGCUGCCGUCGACAUGAGUGACAUCCAAGGCACAACGACGCUGACAUCGAGAUCCGUGGUCAAUGUGAACCUCCCCCCGCGGCCGGAGCGCGUCAAAGUCAACAACGAGACGAAGAAAGCGGAGCCGAUGCGCCAGGUCUACAGCCCGAUAUCGCGGCCGUCGUCCACCGAGGGUCUGGAAGGCUUGGCGUACACGCCGCUUCCGCGCGCCGAUAUCCGGCCGUACCACGAGUCGUACUUUACCGACGUCAAGCCGCCGAUUGAGGGCGAAAUCCGCGGCAAUUUCGUGGCGGAAGGCUUGGCUGCCAGCUUGCAAGCGCGUGUCUUAAGCGGCCCGCAAAUCAAGGAAGAGGUGGACGUUUACGACCGGAGAAGUUGCGUGCAACCAAAUGUGCUAUACCAGGACCAUAAUGGCUCGACUAUCAAAAGCGAGGGCGUCAGUGAUUGUCAGUACAAACGGGAGUCGCCGAUUAUACAAGGGCCGAUUCGCAAUUCGCUGAAGCGGCGGCUAGUGGACGAGCAAGAGCCGGCACGGGUCCGGAAGUGCAACGAAGAAGAUGCAGAUGUCGAAGAAGAGGGCGAAGAAUCAAAAUGGCAGGACCGUAUUAGUUCAGGUUUCGAUCGCUUGGUUGCUUUCGCAUCCACCGAGUUAGAUAAACGGAGGCGAUCGACUGAGGGUAGCGACAGUUGUAACACGUCCCCAGAUUCGGGAAUAGGUCACGGUGAUUUACCACCGUCCUCUUUAACAGUGUCCACUCCGGCGAAACAGGCGUUGAAAUUAAACCCAAACUCGAAACCGACUCUUUUUAAAAUGCCGAACAAAAUUUAUUUAGAGAGUCCUCCCCUAAUAGGGGAGAGUGGAAACGACGAAUCUGGACCACCUCGAACCCCGUCUCCUUCUUCGCUCAUCAGCGUUCCUCUAAAUUACAGCCCGGAACCACCAAAUGAGAAAAGCCAGCCACGUCUGAAUCCGGCUUUACUUAAGUACCAACGCGAGGAUAAAAAAGUUAAACCGGAUCAACACUACAAGAAGAAAUUUUAUUACAGAGAACAGUGGAGGGAUGAUUCUUGGCAAAAUCGCGACCACGACCGGUAUUGCUCGUGGAAAAAUUGAUAAAUUCGCGCGGUUGAUUCAUUAAUUACUACUUUAUUUGCGAUUUCACACAGCAACAAGGUUGAAGCGGUUUGACUUGUAUAGUUAAUUUAUACACUGUAUUUAUUUUAUUUAUACUAUUUAUCACGUCUAUCUGAGCUUUAUGCUUUCGUCUGGUGACUUGCUUCACGUUUAAAUAUUUUUGGCUUCCAGUUUUACCGUUAAACCCAACAUUCGUCAUAUUAUGUGUUCACGAGGGACUAAUAUUUAAACGUGUAUGUGAGUCGUUACUGUACCUACGAAUUACGAAUCGUUGUGGUGUUCAAAUUCGAAACUUUGGUUUGAAGUUUUGGUGUCCGGACCACUGCUUCAAAUCUGAUGCAUCGUUUGCACCAAGUGCUAGAUGUGGUGUAGAUGUUCUUCUUUUUUACUAAAUAGAUGGUUGACGGACGGUCACGCUAGAGAAUUUUCGGUCAACUAGGUAAAUUGUACAUUUAUGUUUUAGCGUAAAUAAUGGAGACUGUAACUUUGUGUUCAUGAAAAUUGGAAGGUUUAUCGAGUUUCACUAUAAUUUAUUCAAUUUGCUUGUAAGGGUAUAUUAAUUUAUACUAACGUAUUGAAGACAAACACUGCCUAUUAAAUCUCAUAAAACUGUUUUCAAAAUUAUUAAGUAUAAUUUAUUUGUACAUUGUACAUAUGUUUUUAGACUAGAGCUAGCGAGUUAGGAUACAUAUUGUAAAAAGUAUAGUUAAUUUAAACAUAGGUAAUCCACGUGGGGAAGUCGUUGCCUAUGUUUUAUAUUCAAGACCGAUUUUUACGUACAAGUGUAAUACUGCCAUUUCAUCAUUAAUUUCAUACAUUUAUAUGAGAAGUAUUCGUCAUUCGACUUGUACUUGUUUAAAGUGUUAUGCUUGUAACUGAUUUUAACGUAGUUCAUUCGCACGGUCGGUUUUCAAUCGUAUUUUUUCAAGUGGGGUUUUCAACUUUGUGUACAAAGACUAGGAACUGUCAUUGCAAACAUUUUAAACAUACUUGUAUAUAGUUGAGAUCACAGAUUAAGUCAGUUUUUAUUACGUUGGACUUAUUUUAACCUAUAUCGCAAUUUUGCAAAUACAGUUUUUAACUUCGUAUUCGGUCCCUUUUUAUAUUAAUAAUCAAAGUUUUUUUAAGUGAUAUUUUGCCUAUUUUGUACAAAAGUACUUUUGUUAUUUUUAUGGUCUUUUGUCUUUUAUCAGUUUCAUUUGUUGUCUUUCGCAUUAUAUUAUAGUUUAUUUUUUUAGUACUAAACUUUAAUGUUAAUACUUUUUCAAGUUUUGUUUGUUGAAUUUUAUUUCUUCGCACCAUAUUAUUACUGUCAUAUCCUUGAAUCAGACUUUCGUUUGACAUUUCAUGAAACCCAUUAUGAAGAAGCCAAAGUUUUAUCUAAUUCGACGUUUUGUGACUGAAUUUACUUUUUUUAAUUCAUGGUUGAAAAUAGAAAGGAUAGCUCUCAGGAUUACUAUGAAUGUGAAUAAGACUAGGAAUAGAAUGUAUGUUACAUGUAAACAAUAAGUUGGUAAUUAUGGUAUCCUUUUAACUGCCAUUAAUUUAAUAAACACUUCUAUGUA